GAUAUGAUGACUCAGUCAAAUUCAACAUUAUGUUUAAAAAAUUUCUACGGAGUAUUUAAUUCUUUAUUACGACAUGUUUCUACAACAGGAUCUGUUAGUAACGUCAACAAUCUUUUCAAUUUCAAUCAGUGGCGUAUUUUGCAGAUACCAUCUCGAAAUCGCAGAAGUGAAGAGGUGAAGAAAUUUUAUUCAGAAACCGGUGACUAUAACCCUCCAAAUCAAGAUGCUAUUGAUAGAUUUAAACGUCUUCGUUGGGGUGCAUAUAUUCAUGCACGAACUGGUCGAGCUAAACAUUUAUAUAGACGAAGUGAAUCUGAAUUAGAUCGACGUUCCGAGCACAUUUUGACCAAUCGUGCAACAACUUUUUUAAUAAAUAAUUUGCUAAAUAGACAAUGGCGAACACCAAAAUAUUAUCCAAAUGAUAUUUAUGAACCAUAUCAUCAAAGAACCGGGGUCCCUUGGGAUUAUAGAUUACGGAAACCCAAAUUCUUCCCUUGAAUGUUAUAAUGCUAUUUAGUUAAGUUUACACAUAAACUCUUUUUAAUGAUAAUACCUUUUAUAAUUGAUCACAUUCGGACUACAGGUAACGAUAGACAUUUAAAUCUGUUUUCUUAUAC